AAAUUCAAGAAAUCCGAAGGUCAACACCUCUAACAUCCCUCACUGAGGAGGAAAAGAAAAAGAUACUAUUUUUGAGAAAACUCAAAGCAGCUGCUGUAGAAAGUCCAGUCUAUCUGCCGCAGAAGAAAGACAACUAAAAUAUUUAAAAUGGAUGUUGACAAUAGUCUCGAUGUUAAUGCCAAAAAAGACACCGUAUUGGAGCGCAUCAACAAACGCAACAAAGACCGACAGAAUUACUUAGAUGUGAAGCUCGAACUACGGAAUAAAGAAAACCUAGACCUUGAAGGAAUCGAUUAUUUCUCACAGACUUUUGGAGAUCGUUCGAAGGAAAUCAAAGCGAAUAUCGACAAUGUUAGCAUCUCAAAACCCGAAGGGGCUGAGCUUCUUCGAGUACUUUCUGCUAUCACAGUUGAAAUCCAAGAGCUGCAACGGUAUCUAUCGAAUUCGACAAUAUUCUUGCCCGACUUCAAAAUCAAAGCCAGUCAAAAUGCUCUCAACGAAAUAAGUUCUCAUGCUGAUUCAGUUCGUCAGAAGUUGAUGCCCAAGAAGAAGUUUGGUUUCAACAGCAAAAAAGUAGCCCCAAAGGUCGUGGUAAAUCCAAAAGUAAAUUCCGUCGAUAAAGUGGAUCUCAGUGAAAAAAUAAGCAUCUCCUCGUCUGUGUUUACUUGGACUCUAUCGAACAAAUCAAAUGAAUAUCUCUUACUUCGCCCAGAACAGGUCGAUAACCAGGACAUUACCAUUUCCAACCUCAGCAACUGCUUUGUUGAGAUCCAAGGUCAUGCUGGGUCUGUACAAAUAUCUGGCAUGGACAAUUGUACCCUCCUCUGUGGCCCUAUUUCCAGAUCACUUUUUGCCGAGAACUGCAAGAAUUCUCGUGUAGCAGCCGCAUGUCAACAGCUACGACUGCAUUCCUCUGUGGGAUGUAGACUUUUCUUGCAUGUCACAUGCCGCGCCAUCAUUGAAGACUGCACCAAAAUAGAAGUUAGCACCUACAACUACAGCUAUCCCCAGAUUGAUUGCGAUUUCACAAAAGCUGCUCUGGAUAAAUCCAUCAAUAACUACACAGACAUUGCUGACUUUAAUUGGCUCUCUCCAGAUGUCCAUUCACCUAAUUGGAAGACCAUUGACCAUCUCACAAUCGAUUGGAAUGAAGCACGAACGAAAUUCAAUGAAAAUCACACGCAAUUAUAGUUGGAAACAUCGAGGCGGCUGACUUGGAUCGCGCUCGCUUUCGCCCUGAUAUUAACAGUCUUAGUCUUGUUGUCACCUCGUAAAUUUUUAUUAGAAACAUUGUUUGUAAAAUUGUGGUAUUUAUUUGAGAGCCUUUUGUUGUAGACAAAAUAGUAGUGCCUCCACACACAACUUAUUAAUUUCACAACUAAUUUGUUCUAUUAUAAUUAAAUUAAAAAAAAUAUUAAAUGGACACUUUUAAAUGGAGUCGUCUAGGCAUACUUACAUUAUAUACUAUUGAAGACAUUUAUUUUUAUGCAAUAUAAUAAAAAAUGAUAUUAACCAUAAAA